AGCUCCAUGUUUACAGGCAGUAUUUAUUAGCAGCAGUCUCCCCCUGCUGUCACAGCUGCACGGUCCAGCCGAGUGAACGCGCUCUGUGAAGCCGCUAUCAGCGACAUUUCGUUGUUGACAGCCUCAGACUGCUUCAUUCUGUCCGGACACAGCGAAGAAAGAGAGAGAUCAGCUCGUCGGCUCGGCUUUUCUCCGGGGGGAGUAGGCGGAUCUGAGAGGAAACAGAGCAUACCCUGCCCUCCUCGACCGGCGAAGGAAUCACGACGUCUGCUUCGGUGUUACCGACCUUUUUCACUUCCAAAGAUGCAGCCCUCCACGCUUCUCCUCUUCUCCUCGAUCUUCCUCCUGUCCUUCACCAUCCCCACCUGCUUUUCUCAGAGUGAGGGAGACCUGAUUGUUCAGACACAUACUGGUCGAGUUCGAGGCAUCCGCCUGCCGGUGCCGGACCAAAGCUACAUCACUGCUUUUCUGGGCAUCCCCUUUGCUGAGCCCCCGAUAGGGAAGCGCCGUUUCCGUCCUGCGGAACCCAAGCGUCCAUGGACUGGGGUGUACGAGGCCAAGGAAUACCCCAAUGCCUGCUAUCAGUAUGUGGACACAGCGUUCCCGGGCUUCCAGGGCAGUGAGAUGUGGAAUCCUAACAGAGAGAUGAGUGAGGACUGCCUCUACCUCAAUGUCUGGGUGCCCUCCUCGCCCCGGCCUCAUAAUCUCACUGUCAUGGUGUGGAUCUACGGAGGAGGGUUCUACAGCGGUUCUUCUUCUCUGGAUGUAUACGAUGGUCGUUACCUUGCUCACAGUGAGACAGUCAUCGUGGUUUCCAUGAACUACCGGAUCGGAGCUUUCGGCUUCCUCGCUCUGCACGGCUCCUCUGAGGCUCCUGGAAAUGUCGGUCUGCUCGACCAGAGGAUGGCGCUGCAGUGGGUACAAGACAACAUCCAUUUCUUUGGUGGAAAUCCCAAACAGGUGACUAUCUUUGGCGAGAGUGCCGGAGGAGCUUCAGUAGGCUUCCACCUGUUGUCUCCUGACAGCCGGCCUACUUUCACUAGAGCUAUCCUCCAGAGUGGGGUCCCUAAUUGUCCCUGGGCCUCAGUCAGCCCCGCUGAAGCCCGUAGACGUGCCACACAGUUGGCCAAGUUUGUUGGCUGCAACGGCGGCAAUGACACCGAGAUGGUUGACUGUCUGCGCAGUAAAAAUCCACAGGAGCUCAUUGACCAUGAAUGGCAGGUUCUGCCAUGGUCAGCUCUCUUCCGGUUUUCAUUUGUGCCUAUGGUGGAUGGUGAGUUUCUUCCUGACACUCCUGAGGCCAUGCUCAACUCGGGCAACUUUAAAGACACGCAAAUACUCCUUGGGGUCAAUCAGGAUGAAGGCUCCUUCUUCCUGCUAUAUGGAGCACCAGGCUUCAGCAAGGACAAUGACAGUCUGAUCUCCAGAGAGGACUUCCUGGAAAGUGUUAGGAUGAGUGUACCACAUGCUAACGAUAUUGGCGUGGAGGCAGUGGUGCUGCAAUACACCGACUGGAUGGAUGAGAAUAACGGGCUCAAAAACCGUGAUGCCAUGGAUGACAUUGUGGGUGACCACAAUGUCAUCUGCCCGCUGGCCCACUUCGCUCGCUCCUAUGCCCAGCACAAUGCCCUGAAGCCUAACACGGGUGGAGCUGGCUUCGGGGGCAUGAACAGUGGUGGAAACUCGCAAGGAGGGCUUUACCUUUACCUGUUCGACCACCGGGCGUCCAAUCUGGCCUGGCCAGAAUGGAUGGGUGUGAUCCACGGCUACGAAAUUGAAUUUGUUUUCGGCUUGCCGCUGGAGAAGAGACUCAACUACACACGAGACGAGGAGAAGCUGAGCCGGCGCAUGAUGAAAUAUUGGGCUAACUUUGCACGGACUGGAAAUCCCAAUGACGUGCAGGGGGACAGAGGGAAACGCUGGCCUGUGUUCACCAUCAGCGAGCAGAAACAUGUCGGACUCAACACCGAAUCACUAAAGAUUCACAGAGGUUUGCGGAACCAGAUGUGCGCAUUCUGGAAUCGCUUCCUGCCACGCCUGCUCAACAUUACUGACAACAUAGAUGAGGCAGAACGUCAGUGGAAGGUGGAGUUUCACCGCUGGUCCUCCUACAUGAUGCACUGGAAGAGUCAGUUUGACCACUACAGCAAGCAGGAGCGCUGCACUGACCUCUGAGGCGGUCGCUGAGGAGGAUCGCAGAGAGAGCGUGGCCGUUUUCCUCCGUAGCCCCUCAGUGAAGUCCGACACCUUUUUAUGUUUUUUGGUUUCACAGCACACACAGGCAGAGGCACUGCUGGUGUUUAUUAUUUAUAAUAUUUAUUGAUGUGGGGUUUUUUUUUUGUGUGUGUGUGUUUGUGGAACUUUAGGGCUGUGGAGGAAAACUUGUCAUUAACAUGGAGGAGAAAAGAUGCGUCAUUACCUCGAGUGCGUGCGUGCGUGUGUGCGUGCGUGAGUAUGUGUGUGGCUUGGAAACCCCCCACUUUAACUUGGAUAACUUGACUGACCCAUGACACUGCUCCACUGUGGGUUUACUGUAACUUCACUGUCUCCGUGGUCAUCUCAUCACAUCCAGCAUAUCAGAGGUUUAAUCUUUGGACUCAAACACCUUUUUAUGUCUCCUUUCUCUUCUAUCUUUUAGGCUCGUUUGUUUAAUUGGUUCUGUUCAUUAGUACCGUAACCACUAUUUCCAUUACCUGUCAUGGUUUUAUCUGUGUGUUUCUCCUGUGGGAAAGCCAUACGCUGUGUUACAUUAUAUCCAAGCGCUCCUGUGUGUGAAAAGACUCCGUGAACACAUCAGAUUCCUCACAUUUUACUCGUCGCUGUUUAAACCGCUUUAGCUUGAUGUGACGUCUUGGUGUGGAUGUGGGUUUGCUCUGUUUCUGCUGUAUAUGACAUUCAGACCAACUGACUGGUGCCUAAUUCACAUUAUAUUACGAGUUCACGUUGAAUCGGCUUCAACAGAAACAGAAACGAGUCAGUUUGAUGUUCGUGGUCCUCCUCAGCUUCGCCUGCCUGUCAGCCUGUAGAGCGCUCAGUUCUUCUAAAGCCUCAGCUGUAUCCUGUGAGGGUCAUUGCUUCUGAACACUGCACUGAAGUGUGUGUGUGUGUGUGUGUGUGAGCCUCCCUCUCUGCCCCUUCCUUCUUUUCCUCCUGUCGUCUGAGCCUUUCCCGCGUCCUUUUUUAUUUCUAUUCUUUAUUCUCUUCUUCCCUCUCAUUCCUUUUUUCUGACCAGUCCUUCAUUUCAUCGGUCCUCCUCUUCUCCUCCUGCAUCCGCUCUUCUCCCUCCAUCUCCCUCACCCUGCUUUCUACCCCUCCAUCUUCCUUCCCUUUUAUCUUCCCCUCCACUCCGGCUGCCAUCUUCAUCUCUAAUAAACCU